AUUGCGUGGCAGAGUCCCGGGGACUCGGGGUUGAGUGGGAUUGGGUCGCUGAGUGGUGUCGGAGAUGAGUGUACGGCUUGUGCUCCUCGGGCUCCUCUCCAUCCUGUCCUGGGGGGCUCUUGGCUCCAGCCCAGAGGAGAAGCUUCUGGUUCUGACUGUAGCCACCGAAGAGACAGACGGAUUCCGGCGUUUUCAGAGAUCAGCGCAAUGCUUCAACUACAAAGUGAAGGUCCUGGGGCUCGGGGAAGAGUGGCGCGGAGAGGGGCAGAAGGUCCGACUACUAAAGGCCGCACUGGAACAAUAUGCCGACAACGAAGAUCAGAUUAUCCUCUUCACCAAAAGCUACGAUGACAUAUUUUCUUCAGGCCCAGCUGAACUUGUGAAGAAAUUCAAGCAAGCCAAAAGCAAGGUGGUUUUCACAGCAGAAGCCAUGGCCUAUCCUGAACGGCGUCUGGAGCCCAAAUAUCCAACUGUCAUGGAGGGCAAACGCUUCCUAGGAUCAGCAGCUUUCAUAGGCUACGCUCCGUAUCUACACAAACUGGUGGCGGACUGGGACGGGGCGGAUGAAGACAGCGACCAACUCUACUACACCAAGAUCUUCUUAGACCCUGUGAAGAGAGAGAAAAUAAACAUUACUCUGGACCACCGGUGCCGAAUCUUCCAGAGCCUGCAUGGAUCCGUAGGAGACGUGGUGAUGAAGUUUGAAAACGGACGAGUCAGAGCGCGCAAUCUCGCCUACGACACGCUUCCUGUUCUGGUGCAUGGCGAUGGGCCUACUACGCUUCUGAUGAAUUAUCUGGGGAAUUACAUCCCUCGGGUAUGGACCUUCGAGACCGGCUGUGUCGUCUGUGAUGAGGGUUUAAGGAGUCUUUCUGGAUUUAAGACGGAUGACUCUUUCCCAUUGGUUCUGAUCGGUGUUUUCAUUGAGCAGCCCACGCCAUUCAUCUCCGAGUUCUUCAAGAGAAUCACUAACCUGCAGUACCCCAAGCAGCGGAUCCAGCUGUAUAUCGCCAAUCACGAGCCCAAUCAUCAGAGACAAGUGGAUAAGUUCUUGAAGGAACACAGUGCAGAAUACAGCCUAGUAAAAUACAUUGCGCCAGAAGAAAUGUCAAACGCCGCGGAUGCCCGCAAUGCUGGAAUGGAUAUGUGUCGGCAGAACUUGGAGUGUGAAUAUUAUUUCAGCAUUGACGUGCAGGUGGUGCUGAAAAAUGCCAGCAUACUACAGACGCUCAUAGAACAAAACAAGUCCAUCCUCUGCCCAAUGGUCAGCCGGGUUCAGGACUUUUGGUCCAAUUUCUGGGGGGCGCUGAGCAAAGAGGGGUUCUACGCCCGAUCAGAGGAUUAUAUCGACAUCGUCCAGAGACAGAGAAUCGGCAUCUGGAACGUCCCAUACAUCAACAGUGUGUAUCUGGUGAAAGGCAGCGCGCUCCGGACUAAACUCAACCAGUACGACAUGUUCCGCAGUGGCCACCUGGACCCCGAUAUGGCGUUUUGUGACAACGUCCGCAAACAGGGAGUUUUCAUGUUUGUGACCAACCGGCAAUUGUUUGGCCACCUCCUGUCUCUGGAGAAUUAUCAGACCAGCCACCUCAAUAAUGACCUGUGGCAGAUCUUUCAGAACACCCAGGACUGGAAAGAAAAGUACAUCCACCCCAAUCACAGUUUUGCCCUCAAUGGAAACAAUAUUGAAUCGCCAUGCCCCGAUGUCUACUGGUUCCCAAUUUUCACAGAUACAGCCUGUGAUGAGCUGGUGGAGGAAAUGGAGCACUUUGGUCAGUGGUCAAGUGGAAGUAAACAGGACCAGCGGCUGGAGGGAGGGUAUGAAAACGUCCCAACUAUCGACAUUCAUAUGAACCAGAUCAACUAUGAAAAAGAAUGGCACAAGUUUCUGCUGGACUUUAUAGCGCCAGUGACUGAAAAAAUGUUCCCCGGUUAUUACACGCGGGCUCAGUUUGAUUUGGCCUUCGUUGUACGGUACAAACCGGAUGAACAGCCCCUCCUGGAACCCCACCAUGAUGCCUCCACUUUUACAAUCAAUAUCGCUCUAAACAGCGUGGGCGAGGAUUACGAGGGAGGUGGCUGCAGGUUCAUUCGUUAUGACUGUUCUAUCAGAGCUCCCAGGAAAGGUUGGGCAUUGAUGCACCCAGGAAGACUGACGCAUUACCACGAAGGGCUUCGCGUCACGAAAGGCGUCCGAUACAUUUCAGUCUCCUUUGUGGAUCCUUAGGAGGAAACUUUAGGCGGACAAAACUUUUCUGAGAAGUUACAAUGUAACUCUGAUAAAGUGUUAUGAAAGAGGGGUGAAGUUAGCUGACAAUUUUCCAGAAGAUCAAUGACCGGGCAACUGCACAGAUCAGAACAAAGUGGAGCAUCAAAUUCAUUUUAAAUAAGAAGGACUGAUAAAUUUACAAUGGUGAACCGCCAAGCAUAGCCAACAAACUGUGAACCCUCCCCCCACCCUCCAUUCUUCCUUAUGUAGAAGAAAUUCCAAAUCCUCAGCUGAUGUCCCAAAACGUAAUUUUGUUUUGAGGUUGUGAACACUCAGUCCAGUACGGAACCCCCAAGAGCCGGUCACCCAAUUUUCAAUUGUUAUCCAUUUUUUGUCAUUCGUUUUCCAUUGUGAUUGUUUAUCCCAUGCAGUGCUGCUACGCACGUGCCUUGUUUCAUUUAUUAAUUUGAAUCCUUUCUUUUCUUUAAAGAAAAAAAACAAAAAAAUGUUUGUAUGGGGGGAAACAAAAAUAUUGUCCUCAACACUAUAGAAGACAAAUGACAUGGUGUGAAAACAGGCUGAUCACUAUUGUAUAACAAUUUGAUACACCAGGAGAUCUGUUUAUAAAACCUUUGAUGGACGAAUGUCGCACACA